AUGACUAAAUUUUCCUCAUAUACAGACAACUCGACUGGCUUGGCUGAAAGAAUGCUGCCGAUGCAAUCGAAGACAAAGUCGCUUCGAGAACAAACUGCCUUUUCGUUAAAUUAUUCUGGCAUAGACGACAUCUUUCCCUCGUGUUGGCUGGCAGCUUUCACUCUCGCCGAGUCCGUCUUCUACAGAGCUUUGCUUCCUCUUAGCUGGCUCUUGAAUAUCUUCGUAAUAAGGCUGACGAGGCCACGAAUCCCAAAGGAGAAGCGUGCAUAUCAUAAGAUUCAACAUCAUCCAACAAAUUGGUCUCCCUGCGCGAGAAAAUUCGGCUUUUCCCCAACUGGCCGUCAUUAUGACACCCGGUUUCCCCUUCAUUUGUGCCAAGCCUAUUGCUGCUGCCUCCAAGGAGACAGUGCCCAAGAGUCUUUUUCUUCCUCCAGUCAUGCUAAUAUUCAUGAACCUAUCUACGGAGUCGGUAUGAAGGAGCACGUUGGCGCCAAGAAAGAAUCGCUUUCAGGGCAACAGCAUUCCUCUAAACUGUGCCGGAGCCGAGAGUGCAUUUGUAACCUGUGCGGAUGUACCUUUCUUUCUCGAUGCGCAUGCCAUCGAAUUCGGUGUCCUCGAGCAGAACUGGAACCGAAACGGAUAGAAACUCCCAAGUCAGCGGCUGCAAAGAAGUCAUAUUCCGUCAGAAAUAAUGUCUCGACAAUAAAAUGGCAAUGGAGACAGAAGAAAAGUGUGAAGACCACGGCCAACCCUUCUGCGGUGGACGUUACUGGGGCCUCAACAGACGAAAUCAACACAGCAACACGAUCAAACCGCUCCGAUCUCGGGCGCCCAGAGACGAAGAGACCUGUUGCACUGCUGUUGAUCCGGUGUAUAGCCGUUUCCGAUUUGGCCAACAUUGCAAUGGUUGCGCUGCCUCACGUCCUCAAUCUUGGCCGACUCUCGAGCCAGGAGAGUAUGUCACUGCUGGCCUGUAAGGCCUAUCAAGUGAUGGACCAUCUGCCUCUUGUUCUCGGCGAAUGGUUGCUGGUUGUACUCGCCAUGGAACGCUUUGUUAGCCUACUUUCUCCCACUUCCUUGAUUGCCCGACAUUCUCGGCUACCGACCCGAGUGACUCGUCAGACGACGAGUUGUAGGUCGGUCAGGAAUACCGACAUUCAGGCGUCUUCGAGUAAUCUCAGAGUCAUUCUACAAAUUGGCACCGAGCACGGCGAUCCUUCGAGUCUGGGAGACGACAGUGAGGAGGCUGAGGAGUCUGAGGGAAGAAAAGUCGCAAUGGACUACUCCGGUUGGGCAUCUCGAUGCCCCACAUUUUUCACUUCGUUGCAUCUCAAAAUCGGUCUCGGCCUGUUCAGCGCUGUGGUGUUUGCUCUCUUUCUCAACUACAUGUGGAUAUUUGGCUAUCAUAAAAAGCGAUUUCAGCCGGGAGCACGUCUUCUGGACACUUUGGAGUGCAAAGUUAGACCCGAGUUCUAUCAAAUCUACUAUCGUUUUUUAGUUUAUCUCGAACCCUGUCUUGAGUUUAUUCUUCCCCAUUUGUUGGUCAUCGUCCUGUUUUUGGGUUUCAUUCUGCUUUGGGGACUUCAUUUUACGCAUGUGGUCUGUCGCAAAGCGAAAAGUUUUUCGCCUUCUUUGCACAACACCAGACCGCCUUGUGCUGUGAAUUUCGUCUGGCCGAGUGAAGCCCAGAUCAGCUUGAUCUAUGCCCAACGUGUGGUGCUCACUUUGCUGUUGGACACGCCGAAAAACAUGCAUAAACUGGCCUCCAUUCUUACGGCACGACGGCGCGUCUGGCAAGAAGAGAUGCAUCGCCUCCGCAUGUUGGCCUAUGCCAGUAAAUUUAUGUUCUCCUGUCUGAUGACUCUUGGGGUCCUGUUAGUCCAUCAGUGGCAGCACCGAAUUCGUCGACCAAGCCAGCCACCAUUCGGUCAAGUUCAGCGCAACCGACUUUCUUGUGCAAAGUUACAAGAGACACUUGUCGAUAAUCUCUCUUGUCGUGAGGCACCUGACAUCGAGGUUUUCCGCAACAGGGACCCCAUCCCGGAACGUGCUGAACCAGAGUCACCAUCCUCUAGAAAGCCUGUCAACAUUUGUGCCUUAGUUGAGUGUCAGGAGCUCUUAAUAGACUCUACGACCAGUCAUAAUAUCAAUCAUUUUAUGCUAACUCAGCAAUAA